AUGCGACAGGCUGAACAGAAGCCUAAGAUUUUAUUUCACUAUCUUAACAGUAGACUGAAAAAUAAGGACCCGGUCGCGGUGCUGAAGGAUGAUAAUGGUGUAGAGAUCAUUGAGAACAACGAGAAAGCCGAAAACUUAGGACAGUAUUUUGCCUCCGUUUUUACUAGAGAAACAGAGUUUCGCUGUCGCAGUGCCGGCAAUGCUCUUGAGACUGUUGGUCCCGUGCUUGACUCCAUACUCUUCCCGGCAGCUGCCGUGGAAAGGGAGCUGAAAAAUCUCAAGGAAGCAAAGUCCUCGGGUCCGGACAAUAUACCGGCCAAAUUCUUGAAGGAACUGGCGAAUGAACUUCCCAAACCACUGGCGCACAUCUUCCGCUCGUCAUUCGAAUUAGGGAGGUUGCCAUCGGAAUGGAAGACAGCAAAUAUCUUUCCGAUAUACAAGGGCGGGGCUCGCACUAAUGCUAACAAUUACCGGCCUGUUAGUGUAACCUGCAUCUGCUGUAAAAUAAUGGAGGCCAUAGUUAAGAAAGCAACUAUGGCGUUCCUGGAGCAGGGCCAUUUAAUCUCAGACCUGCAGCACGGCUUCAGACGGAACCGCUCGUGUCUUUCCAGUUUAUUGCUCUCGACGGAGCAGUGGACUCGCGCACUGGAUGAGGAUGGGAGGGUUGAUGUCAUAUACACAGACUUUAAGAAGGCGUUCGACAGCGUCCCACACAAACGCCUAAUCUACAAACUUUCUGAAAUUGGGAUGAGAGGAACGCUGCUGACAUGGAUAACAGACUUUCUCACCGGGAGAUCGCAAACCGUGUGCAUUGAGGCCUCAAGGUCAACUUCUACUCCCGUUCUAAGUGGUGUACCCCAGGGCUCCGUCUUAGGGCCGUUGCUAUUCCUGGUUUACAUUAACGACUGCGUCGACGACCUGGGAUGCAGCGCCAUCAUGUUUGCUGACGAUGUUAAGCUGUGGAGGCCCAUCAGAUCUGAUGCAGACAGGUACGCGCUUCAAGACAGUCUCAACCGCCUAAACAGUUGGUCAGCUCGCUGGCUCCUCAAUUUUAAUGUGGACAAAUGUGUAGUCCUGAGACAGACCAGUAAGGAGGACGAUUCCUUUCAAUAUGUCCUUGGUGGUCAGUCCCUUUCAAAUGUUGUGGAACAGAAGGACCUGGGAGUCCUAAUGACCUCCUCGCUGAAACCAUCUUCACAGUGUCAAAGGGCAGCCAAAAGUGCGAUAAGGGUGUUUUUUGCGCUGAGGCGAGGAUUUGUGCAGAUCGACAAGAAGCUGUUCGGAAAAACCUAUGGGGCAUUCGUCCGGUCUCACUUAGAGUAUGCAGUCCAGGCCUGGCGACCGUGGUUAAAGAAAGAUUAUCAAAGACUGGAAAGAGUACAGGCGAUGGCUACGAAGAUGGUCAAGAAUCUUCAUCACUUGCCUUACGAAACCAGGCUGACUGAACUAAAUCUGUUUCCUCUAAAUUACAGGCAACUGCGCGGCGAUGUCAUUCAAACCUACAGGAUUGUCAGAAGCCGAGAGUGUGCCCUAGAUUUUGGGGAAUUCUUUGAAUUGGCCCGGACUGACCGUCUGCGUGGUCAUCCGUUCAAACUGCAAAGGAAGCGGGCUAAUUCGGACGUCCGACGGAACGCCUUCUCACACAGGGUCAUCGGGGCAUGGAAUGGACUCCCUGAUGCCGUCGUUCUUUCCGAAAGUGUUAAAUCCUUUAAGUGCAGACUAGACGCUCACUUGUUGAGAACCUACUGUACAUACAAUCAUGAUUGUUUUAGCGGCGGCAGUUUGCGCCUGGCUCACACUUAA